GAAAUUUGACUCUCAAGGCUUAUGAAGAUGACUGUGAAUUUGCUGACCCAGCUGGUUCAUUCAAAGGUCUUAAGCGCUUUAAACGAAACUGCUCAAAUUUUGGGUCUCUGCUCGAAAAAUCUAAUAUGAAACUCACAAAGUGGGAGGACUUUGAGGAUAAGUCGGUUGGACACUGGCGUUUUAACUGUAUCAUGUCAUUCCCUUGGAGACCUAUACUUUCUGCCACAGGGUAUACAGAGUACUACUUUGACGCCGAAUCAGGGAGAGUGUGCAAGCACGUAGAACAUUGGAAUGUUCCCAAAAUGGCACUUCUCAAGCAAAUAUUCAGGCCAAGCCGCUGGGUCUGGGAGAAGCGCUGAAAACUUUUACUACCGAGGGAGGACGCCGAAGGAGUCGAAAUGUUCACAUAUAUACACAAGGGUGUGUGCUAAUGUAAGCAGCUGUAGCAGAACCCUACAAUCCAGUGUCCAUACGAAUCAGAGAAUGAAGCAAAUGUAGUAGCAUUCUUGGGAGGUACUUGAGUUUAUAUUAGAUUUGCUUCAUCGAUGCUGAAGCAAUGCUGUAAAUUUGAGGAAAUGGAAAAUUAGAGUUUUUGGCUGUUAUGGAAGAACAAAACAUGCUUCUGGGCUUCAUAAAAUGCUGGUUUCGAGCUAUAAGAAAUUAUAGAUGAUUGUCAGCAAAAACUAUUGUA